AUGCAACCCGAGCCUUCUACGGUAUCCUCACGAGUAUCCACCACAGAAGAGCCCGAGCAACGCCCGAUCACGACCUCCCAGCAUGGACUUCAUGACCAUGGCAAAGCAGGCGGCCUGUCGACAGUGCCAGACGCUGGAGCAGAGACGACAACAUCGAGCGACCAGCUUGCGAGCGACGCCGCGCUCGCCGCUUCGCUGCAGGAUGGCGGUGAUUCGGCCCUGCCUGGUCAGAACCGGAGACUGAACGUUCGCGACACGCCCUCGCCACCAGCUGGCAGUCGUAUCGCCGAGUAUGAGAAGUCAUCUACACCGCCUGUGAAGAAAAGAGAAGGACCUGCGUUUGAGGUUAUCAAGAAGCACCGUAGUCCAAAUGAUAAGAGUUCUCCGAUCCAGGAUCUCCCAAAUGAGGUCUUGACACAUGCACUGGCUCAUCUGCCUCCACCCGAUUUAGCUACUGUGUCGCUGGUCUCGAAGCGCUUCCAUGACUUAGUGACUGGACCGCACGCGUGGCGAACUGCAUUUGCGCAUUACUUUCCAGGACCCGACUCGAUCAAUGCAUCUUUGAGCAGCAAUGAUGAAGAGUCGCAGAGCGUUGUUCGUUCAGAAAAGCGUGCUUUCACCCGACUCACGGCACUUGCUUCGUGGAGAAGCGAGUACAUAAUGCGGACACGGCUCUUGCGGUCUCUGGCGCGCGGCAAACCUGUUCAGUCUGCUAAUACUCCGCACUCUUCUCGUCCUGGACACACAGUGGCGCCGUCAAUCAUGUUCAACUCGCAGCUUUUCACUACAAUCAACCACCUGCAUGCAACCUUUGGAACAGGCAUGAACAAACGACUUCCUCGCUUCAUCCAUGGAGCUGACGACACUGGUACUGCGACUAGUAGCGACCCCAGCGCCGGUAAGGUCGACGCUUGGGGCUUGUCUGAUCCAAACUUCUUCAACCAGUUCGCUGAAAGGUUUCCCGGAGAUGCUCAGUACGGCCUUGGACCAGGCGAACUUGUAGGCGUGCCGAAUCCAAUGGACGUUAGCCAGCCCUACGGCAUGGUCGUUGGAGAAGGUGCACCUGGUGGCAUGGCCUACUAUCGUUCGACCGAAGAAAUGCGUGGACGCUUUUUGCUCUUCUCCUCUGCCAUGUCUGCGCCAGAUGUUGGCAUUCCCAGAAUCACUUCGAACACGGAAGCAGUCACGUCCAUCUGGAUUGCCAAGUCUGCCGCCAUUCCUUCUCUGACUGAUGGCUUGAUUGGCAUUCUCUCGGGGUCAUCGCUUGGGGUACUUACUGCUUACAGUCUGGGUUCGAGCAAUAAUGGCAACAAUCGCGAUCAGCGCUUCGCACGCGGCGAAAUGACUGCUCGAUGGGUGCUAAGUCCUGGUGUUCCCAUCAUUGCAAUCGCUGUCGAUAAUGAGUACAGCUUCACACGACAAGCUCAGAACCGCAUCUGGGCUGUGGUAUUGAACGCACUUGGCGAAGUCUUCUACCUCACGAAGUUUCCGAAGCGCCCUCACUUCGAUCGCGGAACACGAUUCGAUGACGAGGCGAUGGAGCGGACUGCGUGGUCCACUGGUCGUACAGUAUACUGGAAUCUGGUCGAGCCGAGCCGAAGAGAAGCCAAAGUUGACCCAUACGCUGAUGCAAGUGUUGACGGUAGCUAUUCACCAAGAUCUUCUUGGAACGGUAUGUGCCUCAGCAAAGAGCAGAUCAAGGCCGAGACUCAAGAGAUUGAAGCCUACGCCACACGAAAGCCAAAGGACUUCCAAAAGCUCUGCUCCGGAUGGGACAUGCAGAGAAGGUUGGAGGUUGACUUUGCGGGUGACGAUGGCAACAACGCUGGUGAGCAUGCCGUGGUCAUUUGCUGUAGCCUGCAAGAGGAGAGCACAUCGUCCGUGAAGCGAUACAGCCGUACGAGAUUCCAAGACAGGCCGAACGUGGACGUCAGCUCGACGCCGCCCUUGACUUCUGGUAGCACUGAAGCAUCCAGUCCACCGUCGCUCUUUGGUGCCGCGCAAUCGCCUGUACUUGCACCCACACCCACGAUCUCACUUGACCGUUUAGAAGAUACUCUCGCCCAGGAAGACUUCACAGGCUCCAUCACACCACGACCAAUGACCGAAGAAUGGCGUACGUCUGUGUACUCACUCGGCGGUCUGAAGCAUGUUCAGGUCCUGGCGAGUACGGUUGAUAACUCAACCUUUGCCACGCAAACUUUGUCUGAAGAUCCACUGCUUGGCUUCUCUGGCCACUCCAGCAGUUCUUCUCCCUCACUUACACCAAUGUCUGCGAACGAGCCAGUCACUAGUGCAGCCGACGUACCUGGCCAGCGUGCACGUCUCUUCGCAGUUGGUACAAAGUUGGGGUCGGUUUUGCUUUGGAACAUGCGGGCGCCAAUUCCUCGAUCUGUGGACAGCGUUAACACAGUGGACCCUGUGCGUAUCAUUCACACAGACUCUCCGCAGAUCUCUUGUCUGGCCUUGACGUCUCUCUAUCUGGUUCAUGGGGGCAACGAUGGACUUGUCCAAGCUUGGGAUCCACUUGCAUCAGAUGCACGUCCUAUUCGCACACUCAAUUCUCGCUUCUCAUCGCGCGCUCGCCGUACACUGGUUCAAGCCCAGGCAUCUCCGCAAGGCGUUGGCAUCAAUCUUUUCGCUGCCGGUGCGCUUUGUCUUGACCCCGACCCGACUGUUCUGCGCGGUAUGGUUACGCUCGGGACUCGCUUGCUCUACUGGUCGUACAGCUCCUCUGCUGCAGACCAGUACAGAUCGCACAAACGUCGUCUCCGCCGAUCAGAACGAGGAAGCAACAAUGGUGGUGAUCGCUUCUCGGGUGCUGUCAGAACAAACCUCAAAGGAUACAUUGAGUCGGAACAGCUUGAGCUCAACCGCGAGAAAGAGCAACGCAGGAAGGACGCUGCACGCUUCGCUGGACGUUACGGCACAGAUCUACUGGGCGGCAGCGAAGAGGAGAUGAUUGCUUAUGCUGCUAUGCUGAGUCAAGAGUCUUUGGAGGAAGAAUCUCGUCGCAGAGCUUCAGAUACCAGCACCGCCAACAGCACCGCCGCAAGCAGCACCGACCACAGCACCAUGGCAACGGCUGAUGCUACGCCCGCCCGAAGCCUGUCGCCUCACGUCUCUACCCCAAAGACGGACGAUGAGCUUGAUGCAGACAUUGCAGAAGCCAUACGGCAGAGUCUGGCCACUUCGCCAGGUGCUGGCUACGACAUUCCCAUCCGACAAGCAAAGCCCAAGAACCGGAAGGGCUCUUCUGCAAAGGCCUCGCCUCGUGUCUCGCCCUUCCUUGCUGGUGCGAGCAAGUCGACAACCGAGAUGAAUGACGUGGACUUUGCUCUACAGCUUAGUCUGGCGGAAGAACAGAGUAAGCAGCAAGUAGAGAAGGACGAGUUUCCUGGACUGCCUCCAUCGCGUGGGACGAAUCCGAAGGGAAAGGGCAGGUGGGGCUGA